AUGGUUCGCCCUAACGUAAUCGCUCGGGAAGUGAGGCGACUAGUUGAUCCUCGCAAUGUAAACAUUGUCCAAUCGCAGCGCAGCAGCUCUAGUUUACUCAGGAGCAUCGUGUUGGCUGGAUCUAUGUGCUUCGUACUGCUUGGAAUGGAUGCUACGUUCAUUAUCAAGUGUGUAGUCUUUUCAGCACUAACGUUACUUGUGACCGCAGGAGACGCCCCGAUUGUCUUCCCGGAGGAUGAUAACUCGCUGACCAGCCGGUUCGAGCUGGACACGGACGACAUGGAAUACGAGCGGGAUAGCGAUGGCGAUUCGCACGUACCACAGCUCGCUAUACCGCGGAACGAGUACCAGGACUAUGUUCGGUUGCCGAGCAAAACGGGGGAAUUUGAAGUCGUAUCGCGGAUGUGGGUUCACGACAGUCGCAAGGAAAGCAACAAAUACGAUGCAGCCGAGUAUGUCAAGUUCCGGUUCUACGCUCGGUCAAAUAACUACCAGUCGGUGGAGUUGAGUUUCGACGAGAUUCAGUUUUUGCCAGAUCAUCACGGUUUCAAGAUGGCUCUGCCGACGAAAAUUCUCAUUCAUGGUUGGUUGGGUAGUGCUGAAUCGGAGGUGAUUGAACCGCUGGCGACGGAGUUUCUGGAGCAAGGAAAUUUCAAUGUGAUUGCGGUCGAUUGGGAAAAGGGUGCCAAAACCUUGCUGUAUCCGGUGGCAAGGUAUCGAGUACCGAAAGUCGCUGAAUUAGUCGCUGCCGUGAUAAAUAAGUUGAUGGAGUUCGGACAAGGCCCGGAACAGAUCGGAAUAAUUGGGCAUAGUUUGGGAGCGCACGUUGCUGGAUUGGCGGGAAAACAAACCAAUCGUAAAGUUGCUUUCAUUAUUGGACUUGACCCGGCAUCGCCCUUGUUCCGCUUUAAAAAGCCUAUGGAACGCCUCUCCGCGAAUGAUGCUGAGUAUGUCGAAGUAAUUCAUACGAACGGCAAAGCACUAGGAUUUUUCAAAAAUAUCGGAAAAGCGGACUUUUAUCCAAAUGGAGGGACAUCGCAGCCAGGAUGUGGUUGGAGUCUUACUUGUAGCCACGAAAGAUCGGUUAUCUACUUCAAGGAAUCGUUGAGAGCGAAGAACUAUUCCGCCAAUCGAUGCGCGGACGUGGACAAUUUGCAUGCUGAAUGCUCGCUGGGUCAAGCAACGCUUGGGGGAGUCGAACUGAGGAGGCUAAAUAAGAAACCUGGUGGAGUCUAUUAUGUGCUGACGGCGGAUACGGCACCAUUUUUGCGAAAUAGUGGAAGUUAGGUUUUAUGAGUUACUUGUGAAAUUGCCAAAAUAUAUCAGGACCAUCAUUGUAAUGUCUCCGGUUUAACUGGUAAAGUUAGAUAAUUUGAAACAAUGGCGUUUAGAAAGUAGUCACGAAAGACUAGAAUACAUGCUAGGAUAGCCGUUCAUAUUGUUUUGGCGUUGUUUUUUCGAACUCGUUAGUUCCUUGUUCAUUACUAACCACCAUCGAUAACUUAUUUUAUAUACGAUAGAAGGAAGUCAUCAACGAACCAAAAUUAUAUCCAUCAAUGUUUAUGACAAAAAGAUAAAUAGAAAAAUGUAUUGAGAUAGCGUGAUACACAGUUAAAAAAUAAAAUACACUUACUUUUA